AUGGCGCCACACCGGUACACACCGGGGAGAUCAGCCGCGGUUCACAGCGAGAGAGUGGCUGCGGCUGCAGCACCGGGACGCUACUAUGGAGAACCACACAGGUUUGAUCCUUCCUUCAGAGGUCCAGUCUGCAGAAGAAGCUGCACUGAUACAUUGUGGUGUUUGAUCUUCAUUAUUGUCAUCCUUUCAUAUCUGUCCCUGGGGAUAGUGGCCUGGUUACAUGGGGACCCCAGGAAGGUUCUCCAUCCGACAGACAGCUAUGGCCAGUUCUGUGGGCAGAAGGGGACUUCUAAUGCGAAGAAACCCAUCUUAUUUUACUUCAACAUCUUAAAAUGUGCCAACCCAGCUAUACUCAUCAACCUGCAGUGCCCCACAACGCAGAUGUGUGUGUCACAGUGCCCUGACAAGUUUGCCACCUACAGUGAGAUGCAGCUGCAAAACAAACUCAACAAGGCUUACUGGGAAUACUAUAAACAGUUCUGUAAGCCUGGAUUUAAUAACCCUGAAAAGCCAGUAUCCCAGGUUCUAAGAGAUGAGGACUGUCCCUCCAUGAUCAUACCCAGUAGACCAUUUCUCCAGAGAUGUCUGCCAGACUUCACCACUCUGAAUGGGAUCGUGACUGUAGUGAACAGAACUAGGUUUAAGGAUGCUCUAGAAAUUCCACACAGUGUCAGUGAACUCCAACGUUCUACCAAGACUAUAACAGGACUUGUGGACACAAAGGAGAUGGGCAUGAAGAUAAUUGAGGAUUAUUCUCAGUCCUGGGCAUGGAUAAUCAUAGGUCUGCUGAUAUCCCUGGCUGUUAGUCUGAUCUUCAUCCUGCUGCUGAGGUUCACAGCUGGGUUGCUGAUGUGGACUACUAUCAUCACUUUCAUACUACUGCUGGCAUAUGGUAUGUGGUACUGCUCUGUGGUCUGGUCCCAGCUCAAACACACACCGGGCUCUGAUGUUGCCAUUACAGAGGUCGGCCUGCAGACUGACGUACAGGUGUACUUACAACUUAGACAGACAUGGAUUAUAUUAUUGGUGUCUCUGGGAAUGACUGAAGCCUCCAUCUUGGCGAUGUUGAUCUUCUUAAGGAGACGAGUCCAAGUGGCCAUUGCCCUACUCAGAGAGGCCAGCAAAGCUAUCGGUCACAUCAUGUCCACACUAUUCUUUCCAGUUGUCACCUUCCUCUUGUUGAUUGUGUGCAUCUCCUACUGGGCAGUUACUGCCGUUUAUCUUGCAUCCUCAGGUGAACCCAUCUACAAAGUGACGUCUCCUAAUGUUAGAUGCCCCUACACCAACAGCACAUGCAAUCCUGAGACCUUCAACAGAACCAACAUCUCCACAUCGGCGUUGUGUCUGGGUACUCAGUGUCAGUUUGCCUUCUAUGGUGGGGAGACGUCCUACCACCGCUACCUCUUCCUUUUGCAGCUGUUCAACCUACUUGUCUUCCUCUGGCUGGUCAACUUCAUUCUGGCCCUGGAGCAAUGCACCCUGGCAGGAACAUUUGCCAACUACUAUUGGGCCAAGAGGAAGCCUCAGGAUAUCCCAGCAUGUCCACUCUUGCUGUCAUUCAUUAGGGCUGUCAGGUAUCACACAGGGUCUCUGGCAUUUGGCGCUUUAAUUCUUUCCGUUGUCCAACUUCUGCGGAUCAUCCUGGAAUACCUAGAGCAGAAACUAAAAGGUAUUGACAACAGCCUCUCCCGGUUCAUAAUGUGCUGUCUGAAAUGCUGUUUCUGGUGUCUGGAGAAAUUUAUCCGCUACUUGAACCAUAAUGCUUAUAUAAUGGUGGCGAUCUAUGGUAAAAGUUUCUGUACCUCAGCCGAAGAGGCCUUCUUCCUACUGAUGAGAAAUGUGGUCAGGGUUGCAGUUUUAGACAGAGUGGCAGACUUCCUGUUGUUUCUGGGCAAAUUGCUGGUAGCAGGAGGAGUUGGUGUCAUUUCCUUCUUCUUCUUCACUAUGAAGAUCCCUGUUAUCCAGGAAGAAGUACCCCAUCUCAACUACUAUUGGAUCCCCCUGCUGACUGUGGUCAUGGGUGCCUACCUGAUUGCUCAUGGAUUCUUCAGUGUCUAUGCCAUGUGUGUGGACACACUCUUCCUCUGCUUCUGUGAUGACUUGGAGAGGAAUGAUGGUAGUGCAGAAAAACCUUUCCUCAUGUCUCCAGAGCUACACAGAAUCCUGGGAAAACCCAGCCCGCUUUGCUGA